UUUAGUUUCUAAGCCGACUGGCCUAUGGCCACGUCUGGAGGUCUGUCGGUGGGUCCUCAGGGGCCAGACAAGACCUCACCAGCUGCUUCUCCCUCUUGCCUGCAGUUCUGUCGAAGAUGCACUGGACACCGGAACACGCCCAGCCCCUCAACCAGUGGCCAGAGCAGCACUUGGACGUCUCCUCUACUACCCCGUCGCCAGCGCACAAGUUGGAGUUGCCGCCUGGGGGUCGCCAGCGCUGCCACUACGCUUGGGCACACGACGACAUCUCCGCCCUUACUGCCUCCAACCUACUCAAACGCUACGCAGAGAAGUAUUCGGGGGUCCUGGACUCGCCCUACGAGCGCCCCGCCCUAGGCGGCUACGGCGACGCCACCUUCCUCAACGGCGCCAAGGUGGACCCCGAGCCCUGGCCUGGGCCAGAGCCACCUUAUCCCUUGGCCUCACUUCACGAGGGCCUCUCGGGAACCAAGGCGGGCACUGGGGGCGGUUCCGGGGGUCUCGGGGGAUCCCCGGGAUUAGCCGGGAACCUGCCUGAACCCCUCUACGCCGGCAAUGCGUGCGGGGGCCCGUCGGCGGCACCAGAGUACGCAGCGGGCUACGGAGGUGGGUAUCUGGCGCAGGGUUAUUGCGCACAGCCCAGCGCUGCGCUGCUGCAGCCCCCGCCGCCGCCGCCGGGGUACGGCCCCUCCGGGCCUCUGUACAACUACCCUGCGGGGGGCUACGCCUCACAGCCGGGCUACGGCACUCUCCCACCGCCCCCGGGCCCCGGUCCGGCCCCCUACCUGACCUCCGGCCUGCCAGCGCCUUCGCCCCUGGCCCUGCCCACGCCCACCCCGCCGCGGCCGGCGCCCACCUCCUACAGCUUCCAGACGGCCGCUCCGGGCGCGGAGGCCGGGGCGUCGCUGAAGCGCAAAGCCGUCGACGAGGGCGCAGAGGGCCGCUACCGCAAGUACGUUUACGAGCCCGCCAAGGCCGCGGCCGACGGCGCCUCCUAUCGUGCCGGGGACAACGGCGAGUGUCCGGGCAAUGGGUUCCGGGCCAAGCCUCCGGGAGCCGCGGAGGAGGCAUCGGGCAAGUACGGCAGCGGCGUCCCCCUCAAGGUUUUGGGCUCCCCCGUCUACGGAUCACAACUCGAGCCCUUCGAAAAGUUUCCGGAGCGGGGUCCCGUGUCAGCUUCCCGUGGGGGCUUCGCGGUGCCGUCAGGGGAGCCACCCAAAGGUGUGGAUGCGGGGCCCCUGGAGCUGGUGACUAGCAAGAUGGUGGACUGCGGGCCUCCGGUGCAGUGGGCAGAUGUGGCAGGCCAAGGCGCGCUCAAGGCGGCGCUGGAAGAGAAGGUGGUGUGGCCCCUGCUAAGGCCGCCCGCCUACCCUGGCAGCUCGCGCCCGCCGCGGACCGUCCUGCUCUUUGGACCGCGGGGCGCGGGCAAAGCGCUGCUGGGCCGCUGCCUGGCCACACAGCUGGGCGCUACAUUGCUGCGCUUGCGCGGCGCGACCCUGGCUGCGCCCGGCGCCGCCGAGGGCGCGCGCCUCCUUCAGGCCGCUUUUGCCGCUGCGCGCUGCCGUCCGCCGGCUGUGCUUCUAGUCAGCGAGUUGGACGCUCUGCUCCCGGCCCGGGACGACGGCGCGGCUGCCGGGGGCGCGCUGCAUGUGCAGUUCCUGGCUUGCCUGGACGGCAGCUGCGGGGCAGGGGCUGAAGGCGUGCUGGUCGUGGGCACCACGUCGCGGCCCGCGGCUCUGGACGAAGCGACUCGCCGGCGCUUCGCUCUCCGCUUCUAUGUGGCGCUUCCCGACAGCCCGGCCCGCGGGCAGAUCCUGCAGCGGGCGCUGGCCCAGCAGGGCUGCGUGUUCAGCGAGCCGGAACUCGCGGCCCUGGUGCAGGCCACCCAGGGUUUCUCUGGGGGCGAACUGGGGCAGCUAUGCCAGCAGGCAGCGGCUGGGGCGGGCCUCCCGGGGCUGCAGCGCCCCCUCUCUUACAAGGACUUAGAGGCGGCGCUAGCCAAGGUGGGCCCCAGGGCCUCCCUCAAGGAACUGGACUCGUUCGUGGAGUGGGACAAAAUGUACGGCUGUGGACACUGAUGGCGCGCUGGGGAGGCUGCGGGAACUCCUCCCUUCCUGCUUCCUCGGCUUGGGAGGGGUGUCAUCGACCAAACCCGGCUGUGAGGUGCCGGAGUGGUGAAUGUGGGGUGGAGGAACGGGAAGGCUCUGCCGGUGGAUGUUUUUUCGUGGGAGGGAAAAGGCUUCUGCCAGGCAGAUACAUGCCAUAUGCGCCGUGUACUCAGGUUUUUCCUAUUUAUUGUGGACGAGAAGCUCGCCAUCUCCGCCCGGCAGACGGGGCAGUCCUUGCAUGGGCUGGCACUGGAGCCUCAGGAACUCCUGCUCUCUUGCCACAAUUCUUUUGUCUCCUCGAUCUGAAUGGCAGCCUCCUCCUUCCCUCUCUUUCCACCGGUUUCUCUGUAUUCGCUUGCUUUUCUCUGCCUGUCACCCCCAUUCCGACCCUGUUUCUCUUUUGCUAUGUCCUCCUGGCGCAUCUCUCCAUGCAUUACCUCUGUGCUUCUGUCUCAAUCCCUUGCUCUCUAGCGCCCUGUGCUUUCAUGCCUCUCCCUGCCUUCUAUCCUUCUUUCUUAGAAGUGUCCCUUUGCAAGAGAUCUGGAGGCCAAGGGACUAAAGAGGAGGGGGAAUAGGGUUUUUUUUUCCACCUGGUAGUUCCUCACCCAGCUAAAAUUUGGGGGGUGGGGGCAGGGUCAAGCAAAAAGAAGAAACCCAAAGAAAGGGUUCUGGGGGUUGUUUUUGACAGAAGUCCCAGAAAUGUAGCUUAACAUUUUAGGCGUCUUAUUUUUGUAAGAUUGUGUAGAAUUUGCUGUUUGUUUUUUUUUUAUUUGACAACUCAGGAAGAAACUGACCUUAGAAAGAAUGUUAGGCUUUGGCUGCUCUCCUGGGGUUCCCCCCACUUUACCUCCACCUUGGGGAGCAAAUUCUCCCAGAAGAUUCAGAAAGUGAGACUUGUAGGGAAGGGGAAAGGAAGACCCAGGCUUCAUUCAGACCCCAGCUAUUCCUGGGACAGAAGCAGAAUGUAUUUCUCAGGGCUUCCUCCCCAGGUCUGAGGUUGUAGGCAGGGGUGUGGGAUUUGAGAGAGUAGGUCUUUCCCCCUUCCUGCUGCUCUCCCUCUGGGCCCCACCCCUCAGCUUAAGGUUUUCAGUGAAGAGUUAUCCAGAGUUGGGAUGCCUUUGCUCACUUCCUGACCCAGACUCAGACCAGAUAGUAGGCUUCCCAAAAAUGGGAAGGUGACACCAGCAGAAAGCCCUCAUAGUGGUCACCUUACCUGGCCCCUGCCUUGGCAGAGAUCACCAAUAAUUUAUGUUUAAGGGAUCCCAUCUGGAAAGACAGUCUGGUCACAAGUCUGGUUGGGCAUAAAAUCAGCUGCUAGACCUCAGUCACCUU